CGCCAACUGCAUUCAUUUCGAGGAUGCAAGGGAAGUGUGUUCUGCUCUUGUGUUUUUCUUAAAAUUUGUGUUUAUUUCGUAAAAAACUGUGAAUAAAACACUUACACGACAUAGAACUUUUACCUGGUGUUAUAAAUUUGCUUUCACGUGAAUGUGUGGAGUUAACGUUUCGUAUUUUAUUAGAAAUUUUCAACUGAAAGACAUUUAGUUAGACAAUAUGGCGGAUAGCAAUCAGGGUUUCUCAGACACCCAAAAAUUCUGCUUUGAUUACUAUGAGAGGAAUGUGUGUAAGAAACCAGGCUGUUCCCUCACUCAUAAGAGGAAGAACCACAUCGACGUAGUCCAAGUAAAGCCGCGAGACGGGUGCGUUAUCGGGAGACUCAAGACAGCCCCGCUUUGCCGCUACUUCUUGCGCGGGUACUGCACACAUGCCGGGAACUGCCGUUUCCGUCAUGAAAUAAUACCAGUAAACAUGCGUAAUGUACCAAAUACUAAUAGUAACCAACCCUCAAGCACAAAUACGCCAUCUACCUCUGCAACUGAGUUGCAAAACGCUAACAAGAGUGAAGACAAGAGGGCUUCACGGGCGGAGUCUUCUGUCCAUGCUUCAGCCGCUUCAAAUAUGAAUAAUGGCAAACCGGGCGAGGCCGCCGUAAACAACGCCGAAGGAGCCGCUUGCUCCCCCCUGAAGGACUCCCUUUGGGUGAACGCUCCAGAAUUUGUGCCAAAAAGCAUCGCCACGAAGCCUUUGAGCUACGCAGCUGCCGUCAAUCCGACCGGUGCCGUUGGAAACAAUAACAGCACAAAACAACUUUGUCCUUACGCGAACAAAGAUGGCUUCUGCAAGUAUCCACCAGGCGAAUGUAGCUAUCUCCAUGGUGAAAUAUGUGAUCUAUGCGGAAACGCAGCAUUGCAUCCGUACGAUGAAGAGUUGAGAAAGAAGCACCGCCAAGACUGCAUUAAACAACACGAGAAGAACAUGGAACUCUCCUUCGCCAUCGCUCGAUCAAAGGAAAAAAGCUGCGGCAUCUGCUUCGAGGUCAUCAUGGAGAAAGCCAACGGCGAGCAGAGGUUCGGGAUUUUGCCCAACUGCAAUCACUGCUUCUGCUUGAGCUGCAUCCGGAAGUGGAGACAAGCGAGGCAGUUCGAGAACAAGAUCAUCAGAGCUUGUCCGGAAUGCCGCGUGACGUCUGAUUUCGUGUGCCCGAGCCUGUUCUGGGUCGAUACGAAGGAAGAUAAGAACAAGUUGAUCGAUGAUUAUAAGACCGCUUUAUCGACAAAAGACUGCAAAUAUUUCGAUAAAGGUGUGGGCAAAUGCCCGUUUGGCAACAAGUGCUUUUAUCGCCACGCGUUUCCCGAUGGUCGCGUUUGCGAUGUUGGGCCGCCGCCGCGCCAAAGGCGCCGGGGUCCUGGUCUCGAUAAUGCCGCUAUUGAAGUCCUGCAGCAAGUUAUUUUGUGGGAUUUCUUGGAUGAAAGAGAUAAUCCAUGGCAAUCCUUAGCAGAGGAUUUGGAAGAUCUGGCUGAUUUUUUUUCCGAUUCCGAAGAGUCAGACUGGUCUGACUAUGAUUUGUUCAUAAGUUAGACAGUUUUCAAUUUGUUUCGUUCAUUUGCAUCUCAUUUCGUUUCAUUUUUCUUUUGGGUUUUUCGAUUGUUAGAAUUCAAAAAAUUAGAAGAAAUCUUUAUUCUUGUUAAUGAUUUCUUGUAAAUAAUUGUUAUGAGUAUUCUUUGAUUUCAUAAUUUGGAAAAAUGAAAGCAAUGGCUUCGAGUUGUUGCUUACUAGUUUAGAUGAAUGAUUAUUCAAGCCUCUCUGGUUUUUUAGCUAUUCAUUAAUGCAUUCAUACAUUUCUUCGUUGCUUUAGCCAUGUGUUAUUAACAAGUUUACGUUAUCCAUUGCUUUUGUUUAACACAUAGCUUUGCAACUUAGUGUAUUGGCCAUGUUCAAUAUGUAAAACCAGUUCGUGUUAGUACCAGAGAAACUUUACGGUUUAUUUUCCAAUCUUAGGCCAGUACCGUGUUAUGCUUUUUAAUUGUAUUUUUUCUAAGAAAAACUUUUGCCUUAAAAUACUGACAUGGGGAACGUCAAAAUAUGAUUUGAUAUUGUUUCUCAUAUAUUCCAUUGCUUUGGCCAUUUAGUUUUUAGGUUUUGUUUUGAAAAGCGUUUCUCAAUUUGUUUCCAUUCAAAUAAAUAUGUUAAGUUAAAUUUCAGGUACCCCGUGUCUACAAAACAACACAAUUGUUGUUGUGGAAUUUAAUGAAUUCGCGUUUUUUGUAAAUACGGGGUAUUGCGAUGAACCGAGAUACACGCAGUUUCACAAUAUAGCGCAUGUUUCCUCAAAUGCUGUUUCGGACUUUACAUACACACCGAUGUUUGGCUACCUAGAUUUUUCGUUUGUAUCACAAUGUAACGUUAAUGUUCUUGUCAAUAAAAUUUAAAGCGUUUUUUCAAAUUGCGUUUCUCAUGGUGCUCAUGCAGAUACAAUUGGAAACGGGCUGCAGAACAGAGCAUGAUACAGAUCUGUGAUUGUUAGCUUAGUAGGAUUAAACGAUUUAGUUCUAGUUACUGUUGAUUGAAGAAGCUUUUGUUAAUUUUCAAAAAAUUAAAACAAACACAAUAAGAUUUUAAAAAAUAGUAAGACAUUUCAAGCAAUACUAAAUGUUUACCUAGAGCUUCUAACAUUAUUGUCCUCCAUAGGUUUACACGGUUUUGCUUGGUUAUGUUAUUACUAUAUUUAGUCAUUUAUUUUAGUUCUAUUGCUUGUAUUAUAUGUAUAUUAUUAAACAGAAAAUUUGGUUGGGGUGGAAUAGUCUUAAAAAUAUUUUCCAGUAUAUCCAACCCAAAGCAAAUACUGAUACUUUGACAUCGGUUUUUUAACAAAAAUUCUGUAUAUUAUUACGUACUUAUUCCAAAUAAAAAAUAGUUGCUCCGAA